CGACGCCGUCAAGAAGUUCCGCGGAACCUACGGCAGCCUGGUUCCGGUUGAGACUUUUCCGGGCCCGAGACUCUACUCCCUCGCUGGAGGGGCUCGUUUUUUCUCUGUGCGUCCGGAGCAGCGUUCCCGGGGCGGCAGCAUGGAGGCUCGUUUCACACGCGGGAAGUCAGCGCUGCUGGAGCGUGCACUGGUGCGGCCGCGCACCGAGGUGAGCCUGAGUGCCUUUGCCCUUCUCUUCUCCGAGCUGGUGCAGCACUGUCAGAGCCGCGUCUUCUCAGUGGCCGAGCUUCAGGCACGCCUGGCUGCCCUAGGCCGCCAGGUGGGCGCCCGAGUCCUGGAUGCCCUGGUGGCCCGUGAAAAGGGUGCCCGGCGUGAGACCAAGGUGCUGGGUGCGCUACUGUUCGUCAAGGGCGCAGUGUGGAAGGCUCUGUUUGGCAAGGAGGCCGACAAGCUGGAGCAGGCCAAUGAUGACGCCCGCACUUUCUACAUCAUUGAGAGGGAGCCGCUCAUCAACACCUACAUUUCGGUGCCCAAGGAGAACAGCACGCUCAACUGUGCCAGCUUCACGGCGGGCAUUGUGGAGGCUGUGCUCACGCACAGCGGCUUCCCUGCCAAGGUUACAGCGCACUGGCACAAGGGGACCACACUCAUGAUCAAGUUCGAAGAGGCCGUUAUCGCACGAGAUCGGGCCCUGGAGGGACGCUGACUCCACAGGAGAUAAAGGAUGAACAGAUCCCGUUCUAGGCUUGUGUUGUGUCUUGUGUAGGGGCGCCAUAUCUGCCCACACUCUGAUCUGGGUCUUGAGUCCCAGGCUGAGGGAUUCCGAGGCAGGCGUGUCAGGCACAGGUGGAGAUUGAAGAAGUGGACAAUGGGCUGACCUAGCUUCUGGCUCUCAGAUGAGGGUGGAGGGUUGGGUAUACUGGGGAGAUAGGGCACCUAUGAAAUUAUAAUUGGAGCCUGCAGGCUGGAGAGGUGGGGGCAAGGAUAUGAGGUUAAGAGGGACCAAGGCCUGGCAAACUGUCAGUGCCAUAGCCCAGUUGGUGGAGUGCCCUGGGUUUGAUUUUUUAUGCCACAUAAAUUGGGCAUAGUGGUGCAAAUUGUGUCAUUCCAGCACAAGGAAGUUAGGGGAGAAGGAUCAGAAGUUCAAGGCCAUCCUCCACUACUUAGCAAGUUUGAGACCAGCUUUGGGAGCAUGGGACUCUUUCUUAAACAAGUUUCAGGCAGGGGUACUUUUCCCUUAAUCUACAUUUUCUCUAAAAAAUAGUAGAUAAUAAAGGAGUGGGUGUGUCUGUGUGCCUAAAAAUGUA